CGCGCAUUUAGAGAGUAGGGGGGUAGGAGAUGGAAGGUUCGAGAAGAGCGUGGCUUUCGGUUUUGAGACGGCGACGAGAGAAGGUCGAGAGAAAAAGACACGGAAGUUUUGGGGUGUCGUUGUUCACUAAAAAGGGGUGAAGAGUUAGUGUCAAGGAGAGGUGUCAUCCUGUCAUCCUGACUUUGUCAUCCUGACUUUGUUAUCCUGACUUUGUACAUCUCGAAUUUGUAUGUCUUGGCUUUGGAUGUCUUGUAACCAUUUCACAUUGGUGAUAUUAAUAUGGACGACACUUUUAAGGCAAGGUAUUUACUAGCAGGUGAGCUCGAUUAUGAGUUGCGUAUAAGGGGAAUUGUAACCAAGCGUGGUAGUGAUGAUAAACGGAGGUUGUUGCAGCGUUCGGUUGAUAAAGACAUCGGUCGACCACUAGAACUAAUUUUGGCGUAUAAAGACCCGCAGUUUGAUUACGAGCAGGAAGUAGAAUCAAUUAAUAGUACGAUUGAUAGUAUUAAACAGUUGAUGCCGGAAUUUGAAGGUUCUCCUCAAGAUGCUUUAUUUAAACGGUUGCGAACGCGAAUUGCUCAUGCGACUCUUCGGGUUCUUAGAAUUAAAAUUCCUGACAAUCUUUCCGAAAACGACGCUAAAGAAAUGGUGGAGUUCCGUAACGAAUCUCAUGCAACGUGUGCGCUACUCGAGGCCGAAUUGUAUGAUAAGGUAGAGACCACCGCAUCGCCGCAAGUGUCUUCUCCGGUUGCUCCCGUUAUUUUUCCGUCAGUAGUUCCUUCGCUUCCACCAGUUGUCAAUACUAAAUUAGUACCAAUUUACAAGUGGGGGAUUUCGUUUAGCGGUGAAGCCCAAGGUGUAGGGGUUAAUCAAUUUCUUGAACGUGUUGACGAGUUGUGUCAGGCCCGACAUGCCACUAAGGAUGAUUUGUAUAACUCAGCAGUUGAUUUGUUUAGCGGAAAAGCGUUAUUAUGGUAUCGAGCUGUUAGACAUAAAUACGUAGAUUGGGAUUCGUUAGUGAACGCGAUUAAGCAAGAAUUUCUUCCUAGUGAUUGUGACGAUAUUUUAUGGGAUGAUAUUAAAAAUAGAAUGCAGGGCAAGGGCGAGUCCAUAUCAAUUUACGUAGCAGUGAUGGAAACACUUUUCUCGCGCCUUUCGCGUGCUCCGUUAGAAAUCACUAAAGUCAAAGUAAUCCAAAGAAAUCUGGGUUUAGCAUAUUCGAAUCAUUUAGAGAUCGCGGAGGCAAAAACGUUAGAUGAAUUAAUUAAGAUCGGUAAGAAAAUCGAGCAGAUGCUUAGUUUGAGACAGAGAUCUAAGGUUCCGUGUCGGCAGUCGUGUUUGUUGGAAGCCGAGUUGGCUGGUGUACAAACACAACCUGUUCGGGAUACGUUUAAGGAAAAAUCUAGUAACGAGAAAAUUUCUAAUUUUGUGGUCCCGUCGAGGGCAGAUGUACAACCUUUCGGUGAGGGUGAAGUGAAACAAGGCAAGGAAGAUCCGCGGAGGACCCUAUUAAUCUGUUGGAAUUGCCGACAACCAAAUCAUAGCUACCGCAAUUGUGUGGCCAAGCGCGUGAAAUUUUGUUACAAAUGUGGUCUGCGGAACGUGACUGUAGUAUCUUGUCCAAAAUGUCGUUCGGGAAACGAGUAACGGAAACACGAUUUUUAGGCCGGUCGUCGUUUCCAAAGUUUCACAAGGUCAACGCUGAUCGGAGCAAUCGUUUCGGUA